AUGUCCUACCACCUCAGCUCCGGGGGCCUGUCCGCCCGCUCCCUCCGGGGCUACCUGCGCCACCCCAGCUCCGCCUGCGACGCGUUCGGCCCGGGCAACGUGGUCUACUCUCCGGGCACCAGCCAGCGCGGCCCCGGCCUCUGCGGGGGCCACCAGGAGGCCUGCUACGAGCCCGCCAGCUGCCCGGCGCCCUGCUAUGGCCCCAGGACCGGCACGUUCUACAGCCCCUGCCAGAUGAGCCACCCGGCGGCCUGUGGCGGUUCCGGCCUGGAGCAUUUUGGCUACGGAGGCAGCCGAGGCCCGUCUGCGGGCUACGGGUCCAGCUUCGGCCGCCCCAGCUCCUUCUCCUCCCGGAGCUACCAGUCGGCUUGCUACCAGCCCGCCUGCAGCUCCCGCUAUUUUGGACCAACUUACUGA